UGCACCCAUGAGUGGGGUCCUUCAUACAAGCAUGUUUAUUGUUUACCUACACGUCAUCCGGAAGUGAGUGUCAAAGAUGAUGAGACUGGAUUCACAGGAGGCAGAUGCUCCACUCUUCGGUGACGAUGAUGAUGAUGAUGCCCCCACCGCCACCAGACAGAAGAAAUCAGAAAUCAAGCAUCCCCUGGCCACGUUCUUCCAUCUCUUCUUCCGCACCAGCGCCAUCUUAGUCUACCUACUGUGUGAAAUCCUGAGCAGUAGUUUCAUCGUCUGUAUGGUCACCAUCAUCCUCCUCCUUUCAUGUGACUUCUGGACAGUCAAGAAUGUGUCUGGCAGGUUGAUGGUGGGCCUCAGGUGGUGGAACCAGGUGGAUGAGGAUGGACAGAGCCACUGGGUGUUUGAGUCCAGACCAGCAACCAGUAGAAAAGUUCCAACCAACUCUGAAUCACAGAUCUUCUGGCUGGGUCUGGUUGUGUGUCCAGUCCUCUGGGUCAUCUUUGUGUUCAGUACUCUCUUCUCCUUCAAGUUUAAGUGGCUGGCAGUGGUGAUCAUGGGUGUGGCAUUGCAGUGGGCCAACCUGUAUGGAUAUGUGCGAUGCAAAGUAGGCGGGAAGACCAACUUCAGGAGCAUGGCAACCAACUACCUUGGCAGCCAGUUCUUCAAACAGGCAAUGGCCAAACAGGGACCCUAGAGGUGGAUGUGCAGAGAGAAGAAACAUUAGGAUUUCUGCUAAUGUAAUAUUUGAUGUUAUCAAGAGGAUCUUGCCUUGCUUUAACUGAGGCAUAGGCUACUGUUAUUUUUCUUAAUUCCUGUUGAACAGGUGGAAGGCAUCUCUCUAUUCUGAGGGCACGGGGUUGUUUCCUACAGAGUCCUACAAACGAUGUAGUAUAAAACUAAGAGACUACUAGGCUUCUUUGUAUGUUUGUUUCAUUUGUUUUCCUGCUAAAUAUUCAAAUACAACCUUGUUAAUGAUUGAUAACUGCUGAUUGUAAUAUAAGACAUUUGUAAAUAUUAUAUUGACAUAAAAUGUCUGGGUGAAUGAAUAAAAACACGUGUGUGAGUCAA